UCUCUUCCCCUGCCAUAUAAAUGUGCUGCUUUUAUCUUUGUUAGUUUGGUUUCUCCACCAGUUUGUCAAGUCUAUCAAGUUAUCUGUUCUUUAUCUUUUUCUCUUUAAAACAGCCCUCCAACAGUUAAAAUGGAAGCCAUCAAAAAAAAGAUGCUUAUGCUGAAGUUGGACAAAGAGAAUGCCCUGGACCAGGCUGAACAAGCUGAGGCAGACAAGAAAGCAGCUGAAGAGAGAAGCAAACAGCAUGAAGAUGAACUUCUGCAAAUGCAAAAAAAGCUGAAGGGGACAGAAGAUGAGCUGGAUAAAUACUCUGAAGCCCUAAAGGAUGCUCAGGAAAAGCUUGAAGUUGCUGACAAAAAGGCUGCUGAUGCUGAGGCUGAAGUGGCUUCCCUGAACAGACGCAUCCAGCUUGUGGAGGAGGAGCUGGAUCGAGCUCAGGAGAGAUUGGCUACAGCUCUACAGAAACUAGAAGAGGCCGAGAAGGCAGCAGAUGAGAGUGAAAGAGGGAUGAAGGUGAUUGAGAACAGGGCUCUGAAGGAUGAGGAGAAGAUGGAGCUCCAGGAGAUCCAGCUGAAAGAAGCAAAACACAUUGCAGAAGAAGCUGAUCGCAAGUAUGAGGAGGUAGCUCGGAAACUGGUGAUUGUAGAAGGAGAGCUAGAGCGUACAGAAGAGAGGGCAGAACUGGCUGAGGCUAAAUGUGCUGAACUGGAGGAGGAACUGAAGAACGUCACCAACAACCUUAAGUCUUUGGAGGCACAAGCUGAAAAGUACUCUCAAAAGGAGGACAAGUAUGAAGAAGAAAUCAAGAUCCUAACUGACAAACUGAAAGAGGCUGAGACACGAGCUGAGUUUGCUGAAAGAUCUGUGGCCAAACUGGAGAAAACUAUUGAUGAUUUGGAAGAUGAGCUUUAUGCUCAAAAGCUCAAGUACAAAGCUAUCAGCGAAGAACUGGAUCACGCUUUAAAUGACAUGACAUCUAUCUAACUGCCCUGAAGCUUCACCAUGGCUAGCUGUGGCUCUAUUCCUUUAUUCUCCAGCUUUUCUUUAAACCAUUAAAAGUAGUUAAACCCUCACUCUGUGGUGAUUUUUAGCUUCCUGUAACUUAUUUUACUCCUCCAUCAAUUGUUUACUGAUUGAAAUUAUUUUUGUCUAUCAUAUCUUCAAGGAUGGAUGGAUAUCUUUAAGGGCUGUGAGAAAAAAAUAAAAAAAAUGUUUAUGAAAUG